CAUCAACCUCUUCGCCAAGAUUCUGCUCAGGAGCAGCCUGCUGCCGAGACCGUGGAUCUGUCACAACUGUGGACAGCACACGAUGACAUAGCUCUCAUUACUGGAGUAACACAUAUACAGCGAUGUACCUGCCGAAGGUACAAAUCCAGUGGAUUGGAAGACGGUGGAGCAGGAAAGCCAGGCGGCGAAACUCGGCCGCGUAAACUUCGACGAGACCCGGGGGCUCAACGCAGCGGCGGCAUGCGAGCAGCAGUGCCAAAGACUUGA